AUGGAUGCACAUAGGGAGGAUGAGGGUCUCCAGCGGAAAACUCAUCCGCUCAAGAUCUUCGAUGCCGCGAAAUCACAAGGCAGAUUUCUCUAUGCUUGCGCGCCCAUGGUACGGUAUAGCAAGCUUGCCUUCCGCCAAACAGUACAUCACUAUGGAACCGACCUCUGCUGGACGCCCAUGAUUCUGGCGAAGGAGUUCAACCGCAGUCACUUCGCGCGGGAAAGCGACCUGACCGUGUCCACCCUCGGACCGGAACUGCCCACCAUCGCGCAGUUCGGCGCCAACUCACCCACGGAGCUCUCGCGCGCCUCCUCCCUCCUCGCGCCCUACGUCAACGGCGUGGACCUGAACUGCGGCUGUCCGCAAUCAUGGGCCUGCGCCGAGACGCUCGGCGCCGCGAUGAUGCAGAAGCGCGAGCUCGUGCGCGACAUGGUGCUCGCGACGCGACAGCGUCUCGCGGACGACGGGUGGUGCGUCGGCAAGGAGGCCGACGUCGAUAACCCGCAGGGCAAGAGCCGCAGCGUGAGCGUCAAGAUCCGCGUGCAUCACGACCUGCGCCAGACGAUGGACUUCAUCACGACGGUGCUGGGCGAUGAGCAGAACCGGAAUAUCGACUGGUUGACCAUACAUCCACGAACGCGGAGUACUCCAUCUAGUGUGCCGAUCAACCUCGAGGCGCUGAGUAUCCUGACGGAUACUUUUGGGGAUAAGUUGCCUAUUCUGGUGUCUGGAGAUGUGUUCACGCUUUCUACGCUGCCGUAUACGUCGCAUCUGCUAGAUCCACAGCCGACGUUCACUACGUCCGUCAAAUCUAAUGGUACUACCAACUCCCUGUCUGAUACAUCGCAGACCAAUGGCACAUCACCACCCGCCACAACAAGACCGCACCUCCCCAAGCUCGCGGGUCUCAUGUCCGCGCGCGCCCUGCUCGCCAACCCGGCGCUCUUCGCCGGCUACGAGUCCACCCCCUGGGAGGCGGUCGAUCUCUUCAUGAAUAACGUGGCGCGGGCGCCGCUGCACCUGAAGCUGGGCAUCCACCACCUCAGCGAGAUGUGUAGCGCCGGGUUCGGACCGGAUCGCGGCGCGGCGCUGCUGAGCAAGAAGGAACGCGCACGGCUGAUGGAAUUCACGAACUGGAUUGAUGUCAUAGAUUUCAUUGACGAGAUCAAGAGGAAGAAGGGUUUGAGUGAUGGGGUGAAACGGCUUUCUUGA